AUGUAUGCAUCACGGAUAGCAAUAGCGCUGCUUCUGCAAUUGAGCGCGGCGGCAUUACCGGAGAUACAAAUCGCCAAACAGCCACAACAACCUGGCGUAUUGCGAUUAUUACGAAGAGGCGGUACUGUCAGCGUCGGAACCGCAGAGAACUUCCAGGUCGGGCUAGGAGGUGGCUACUUCACAACAGUGACAGUCGGGACUGGCAGUAACCCGCAGCAGCAGCAGUUACUCGUCGACACGGCCUCAUCUGACACAUUCGUACUCUCGAAAGACUUUUGCAGUCAUUCCCCAGGGAUAUGCAGCGGCAACUCCUUCGACCCAUCAGGUUCGAGCACAUAUGCUGUCGCUGACCCCUCGCCUGCCUUCAACACCAGCUUUAGCGACGGCUCUCUCGUGUACGGACCGUUUGCUAGAGACACCAUUACCAUUGGAGACCUCGUGGUGUCGAAUGUCCAGUUCGGAGUAGCGCAGAAUUGGACUGGCGGUAUUGGCAAGAGCACCGGACAAUUGGCCUUGGGCUUUUCGUACAACGAGGCACCAGCUCCUGGGAAACAGUAUCCCAAUCUUCCGGAAGUGCUGAAAGACAGUGGCGCUAUCAAUAGUAGAUUGUACUCAAUCUACCUUGAUGAGACCAGUGAAUCGGGCAGCAUCCUGUUUGGCGGCAUCGACCAGUCCAAAUACUCUGGUCCGCUUGUUACGCUCGAUCUCACGCCCAGAGCGGGGUACGGAUCCUUCAUUGAAGAGUUCAUCGUCAACAUCACUAGUCUGGCAACGACAUCUGGCUCGUCAGUAUCUCAGACGAUCUUCACAAAUGACUCCUCUGCCAGUGUCUCAAGCCAGCAAAGGGGCGCAUCAUUACCAGGCUUGUUCUGUGUAGGCUGUGCUGCACUCGAGCUGCCAAGUGCAUACUAUAACAGUCUCAUCAGCUCGACAUUCUCGUUUCUCGACCGCAGCGAUGGGACUUGCUCCUGCGACCAUAGGAAGGAUAACGCUUCGCUGCAGCUUGAGCUGGGGGGCACUUUCAAAAUCAACGUGCCGUCGCGUGAUCUUAUUGUCCCGGUGUACAACAGCAGUGGACUUCCGCUGCUUUAUGCCAACAGGACAGGUGUCUGCGCACUGAUGGUCACCCCGGGCUCGGAUCAAGUCUAUCUAAUCGGGGAGUCAGUCCUCAGGAGUAUGUACAUGGUCUUCGACCUCGACAAUGGCCAGAUCUCUGUCGCACAAGCAGUAGUCAACAGUACCACGCCAGCCAACAUUCAUACCAUCCCUGCCGGACCCAACGGGGUGGCGAGUGCUGCAAGCCGAGUACAGACUGCCUCAUCGAAUACCAAUAGUAUUGCAGCGGCGGCAUCGACGAAUGCGGUCUUCUCGGUUUCGACAAUUUCGAGCUCGAGCUCCAGCACACCUGCUUCCAACACAGCCAAGACGACGUCGACGAGUGGCUCUUCCGGUAGCAGUGUCAGUGCAGCCUCUGCUUCCUCGAGCGCAGGUGCUGCAGGACUUCGUCGCAUGGGUACUGAAAGGGAGGGUUUAGCAGUCGCCGCAGUCGUAAUUGCCGCGGCUCUAGUCUGA